CACCACUGCACUGAUCCGGGGGGGAUCGUUGAGACAUGCGAUUCGAUUUAUUUGAUUUGGGAUCCAGAGCUCACGGCAGUCGUCGUACGUCACUUGCUGCGACAGGAGAUUGAUUGUUCUUCUGUUCCGAUCAUUCAACAGUGUGGUAGCAUUGUAUUUUUCCAAAAUGAUGAGUUUUACGGGUAUUACGGGUUUGAUUGUCGGACUAGCGGUGAGCUGUUAUGCCGUGAAUCCUUCCUCGAAGGUAGAUUUUACGGAAGUUAGUGAUCUAAAUGACGAAAAUGGGUUUGUGAGCGUGUUCAAAAAUUAUCCGAAAAUUCAAGUCACGGUUGAUACGUCCAAGUUGAAGCGUGUUGCAAAUCCGGAAAAUGAUGAAAACAGUUCGGGUAGCUCCGGAAGUUCAGGAUCCGAAUCGGUGGAACGUCAGACGAUUGGAGUGCGUACCGAUAUUACGAUUGAAGUUUCCGAGGAAGCCGUGAAUGAUACGAACAAUGUUAAUGUGAAAGUGAACGCAACAAACCGAAAUGGAACGGAAGUUUGGAGUGGGAACAAGGGCGGAGAGGACGACGACAAUGCCAGUGUGCCAGUGUUCAAAGGGAUGAACGGGGUACCAACGAAGCGGAAACCGGUAAAGCCUACAAUUUCCAAUGACAUCGACGGUGACAGGAAUCGAUCGGGAGUUUCACAGCAUGGCAGACCUAGUUUUGUUCACGGAUCCGAUGAGCGUAGAUCUGGCGGCCGAUUCGACAGCUGGAAUCGAUUCCAACCGGUAAUGGGAAUAUGGACCACGGAACGACCGUUUCUUCGGAGAAUUGACUACGAUUAUAGAGGUAAUCCGAUCUACGUGAAAACUUACAUCCCCUAUCAUGUAGCUCGUCACGAGGAACCGAAAUCAUGCUACUGCGGUACGUACCAACAGUGGGACCGCGCUCCAUCGAACCCAGUGUUGCCAACACCGAAAAGGAAAGUACAGGACAAGGUGGAAGUUCCCUACAAGCAGCACCGGGAUUGAUAAGUUUUAGGGGGCAAAGACUUUUUAAACUCUAAAUUAUGCUAAGUUCACAUAACCAUUUUUACUUAAGUUUACGUUUCGACUUAGACUCAUCAGUGCUUAGCAGUUUAUGUUGAACUGCUAGCUCCGACCUGACGAUUCAACAUAAACCGCUAGGCAGAUGUAAAGUUAAACCGAAGUGUAAUAUCAAAACUGACGUCUCGGACGAAACGAAAUCUGUACGACUCGCAAGCCGAAACUCGUUUCGACCGAGACGUCAGUUUUGAUAUUACACUUAGCUGCCCAUACUUGCAUAUCAGUCCCAUAUGGAAAAUCAGCAUGUCGAGAAAAAGACGUUUAAAAUUUUAUUUUAGAUUUUUUUGAUUGAUUGUGCUACCUAAACCUAAAUCAUGAUAUUAUUACAUGAAAUAUCGAUAAUACACCUCUGCUAUUCCAAUAUUGCAACAAACGAAAUUAUUGAAAUUUGCACUUAAUGGGACUGAUAUGCGGGUACUUUGCAUAUGGGACAGUCAUGAGUUGAUAUUUUUUUCUCAUUUUACUGAACAAAUCCUCAACUUUUAUUGCAAUUUCUGAGAGUAUAUUGAGGAUAGAUUGCAUUCCUCAUGCUAACUCAAUAUUGGCGAAAAUCGAUAUGGGACUGAUAUGCGAGUAUGGGCAGUUAGGUGUAAUAUCAAAGAAGUGUUUUUCAAAUAGCAUUAACUUUACGUCUGCCUAACGGUUUAUGUUGAACCGUCAGGUCGGAGGUAGCAAUUCUACAUAAACUGCUACGCACUGAUGAGUCUAAGACGAAACGUAAACUUAAGUAAAACCGGGAUAGAACCUUGUCGGUGUUUUUUUUUAAGUUGAUUAAUUUAUUUUAUGUUUGUUUUUAUAUGCUGUACAUAUUUCAAACUUCAAUAUAAUAUAUUUU